AUGGUGUCGCAAGAAUUGCGCGACAACUACAGACAGAACAAGCUCUCUGCCUCAGAUCGCGCCAAACUCAUCAAACCAUAUCUGCCCGAUCCCUCUGAUUUGCCGCGUCGCUCCCGACCUGCCAAAACUAAUUCGGCCUCGCAAUCAAGACGGAAGCCCCGCAAAACUCCUAUUAGGACAUUUGUCAAGUCCCAGGUCCACCGUCUGGUCUACGCUCUGACUCAUAUCAUCUUCGGAAUUGUCGUGCGUCUGCUCCAGGCCUACCAUGCUGUCGUCGACCGUGUCUUUGCCAUCGUUUACCAUCACCAUCGCACCCCAGAACUCAUUCGCAAGGACGUUCGUGGCUUGAAGCGACUUCCAAACCACCUGAGUGUUAUAUUGAAUCUGCGGGCGGAGGAUGAUGCUCUGGCGGGACUAAUGGACGAGGUGGCCGAGCUAGCUGCCUGGAGUGCCUGUGCGGGGAUCCCACAGCUUAGUGUCUAUGAGAAAACCGGUGUCCUCAAAUCCUGCAUUCCUGCCCUACAUCAGAUCAUUACCACCAAGCUCGCCUCGUACUACGGCAGCCCCUCCCAACAGCCGACUCUGCAGCUCUUCGCUCCACACCAUCCAGUCCACGGCGGCACUCCCUCCAAUCCUGACCACCCUUCUCUCACCUUGCUCCUCCUCUCUUCAACCGACGGCCGUGAGACCAUGGUAGAUCUGACCAAGACCCUAGCUGAGAUGUCUCAAAACGGAAAAUUAUCCUAUGAAGAUAUCACACCGGAACUGGUGGACGCUGAGCUCAGCGAGAUCAUUACGCAGCCUUUGCAAGCUGAUUCAGAUACAGGCCGAGUCACUGCCAGUAUCAAACCGGAGCCGGAUCUUCUCUUGAUCUUUGGAUCUUUCCUGAAGCUCGACGGCUAUCCGCCAUGGCAAAUUCGUCUGACGGAAAUGUACUGCACCGGAGAUCGCAGCCACGGCAUGAAUGGUGAUGGCGAGGCCGUGGAGUAUCAGGGUUUCAUGCGGGGGUUGUGGCAUUAUGCUGGGGCACAGAUGCGGUUUGGACGGUGA